AACAGCUAGCAUAUGGAUGCAUUAAGGAAGCCUAACGGUGCAAAUUCAAGCCCUCUUACUCCUCUUGGCUUCCUUGAGAGAGCGGCCAUCAUAUACACUGAAUCUCCUUCAAUCGUCUAUAACGAUCUUACUUACACAUGGUCGGAUACAUUUCGUCGCUGUCUACAAUUAGCUUCAUCCAUAUCUCGUCUCGCGAUUGGAAAAGGUGACGUCGUUUCGGUACUUGCACCAAACAUCCCUGCCACUUACGAGCUUCAUUUUGCGGUCACCAUGACCGGGGCGGUCAUCAACGCACUCAACACACGUUUGGAUGCGCGUAACGUGUCAACACUCCUUGCUCACAGCGAAUCCAAGCUGGUUUUCGUUGACUACCAGCUCACUCGUCUUAUCCAAGACGCGGUUUCUUUGCUCCCUGCAGAUGGAUGUGCUCGUCCACUACUCGUGGUUAUAAAAGAUGACGCACCGGCUGCUGCAUCGUUUACUAUGGAUAAUAAUAAAUUGUUCAUUAGUAGUUAUGAAUCAAUGGUGGAAGCUGGUGAUCCUGGAUUCAUCUGGGUCCAGCCCAAAAGUGAUCGGGAUCCGUUAACAUUGAUGUACACUUCUGGAACAACUUCGGCCCCAAAAGGCGUUGUCCACAGCCACCAUGGGACGUUCAUCGGAACGAUUAGUUCUCUUUUUGACUGGUUCGUACCCAGACAACCUGUCUACUUGUGGACACUGCCAAUGUUUCAUGUAAGCGGUUGGAACUUUGUAUGGGGUAUGGCUGCAGUUGGAGGCACAAAUGUCUGUCUACGCAAAUUCGAUGCGUCAGUUAUAUACAACUCCGUACAUACUUAUCACGUGACUCACAUGUGCGGCGCACCGGUUGUGCUUAACAUGCUGACUAACCCGGCUCCAGCUGGACAAAAAGUGAAAAUAUUGACAAGUGGAGCGCCACCUCCGGCUGCUGUGGUGUUACGAGUCGAGUCCCUUGGAUUUGAAGUGAUGCAUUUAUAUGGAAUGACUGAAGCAGGUGGGCCGGCUGCGGCUUGCGCAUGGAAGAACGAGUGGGAUAGGUUGCCUGCGACGGAUAGAGCUCGGCUAAAAGCGAGACAAGGAGUUAGAACAACUGGGAUGACGGAUCUGGAUGUCGUGGAUCCCGAGUCAGGGGUGAGUGUGAAGCGAGACGGGUUGACUCAAGGAGAGAUAGUGAUUAAAGGCGGGUCUAUGAUGUCUGGUUACUUUAAGGAUCCAGAUUCAACCGCGAAAAGUAUAAGAAACGGAUGGUUUUACACUGGGGACAUGGGCGUUAUGCACCCGGACGGGUAUUUGGAAAUAAAGGACAGGUCAAAAGAUAUAAUCAUAAGUGGUGGCGAGAAUAUUAGUAGUGUGGAGGUGGAGUCAGUUUUGUACUUGCAUCCCUCCGUGAACGAGGCUGCGGUUGUGGGACGACCAGAUGAGUAUUGGGGUGAAACGCCAUGUGCCUUCGUGAGCCUGAAAGAUGGCGAUGGGAAGCCGCAAACUACGGGCGAGGAGAUAAUGAAGUUUUGUAAAGGUAAGCUGUCGGGAUAUAUGGUGCCAAAAUCAGUUGUUUUCAAGCAUGAGCUUCCAAAGACAUCCACAGGCAAGAUUCAGAAACACGUGCUAAGGAAAAUUGCUAAAAAUAUGGGAUUUCCAGGAAAUAGUCGACUCUAG